AGAGCAACUGCCAAUUCUGAAGCUGGGAAACCCUAAAACCUAAACCCUUUUCCAGUUGCUGUUCUCUGUAGCAGUGCAGCCACAAUGAGAUUGGAGAAGUGUUGGUUUUGUUCCUCAACGGUAUAUCCUGGUCAUGGAAUCCAGUUCGUUCGUAAUGAUGCCAAGAUUUUUCGAUUUUGCGGGUCUAAAUGCCAUAAGAACUUUAAAAUGAAGAGGAACCCUCGUAAGGUCAAAUGGACCAAGGCAUAUCGAAGAGUGCAUGGAAAGGAUAUGACACAGGAUUCAACGUUUGAAUUCGAGAGGAAGCGGAACAAACCUGAGAGAUAUGACAGGAACCUUGCUGAGAAUGUGCUUAAGGCCAUUCCUAAGAUUGAUAAGAUCAGAGUCACCAGAGAGGAGAGACACCAUAAGAAUAGGAUGAAGGGAAACAAGGUGAAGGUGCAGAGGGAGGCGACGAAGGAGUUGGAGCAGGGACCAAAGAUCAAAGUCAUGGUUUCCCAACAGCAAUCACAGCAGAAUCAACCUAUGGAAGAGUGAUUCGUUUGGCAAUGCUGGCCUUAUUUUGUUCCGGUUCGAUAUUUGCGGCUGGAUUAGUGGCCUUCUGAGGUCCAAAUUUAUAGUGUUAGUUUACUUGAGAGAUGAUUCAUGUCAUGUUGUGAAUGAUAUGGUUUUGAAAGAGAGUUUUGGGGUGAGCCUUUUGUAAUGUAAACAUUGAAUGUGAUACAUUGUGAGAGAUAGUUAACUAUUAUAAAGCAUAUCAGAAUUGUGUGUCUGGUUGGGCAUAGCA